GUCUCCGGAUCUUUCACACGCUCCCCGCGGCACUUAUGCCUCAGACCGCUCACAGCUCCGUCGCCCAUCUCUGGACACGCUCCACCGCUUCAAUGCCCGUCUUGCAGCGAGUGCGCCGCCCAGCCCCGCUGCCCGUCACAGCGACCGGCACCGCCCUCCCCGGCCCCUCCGGGCGGCGGCGCUUCCGCUCGCCGCAGCGCAAUGGCCGCGGCCGCGUUCUUCUCCCCGUGCUCCGCGCUGCGGCCGGGCCUGGCUCCGCUGUGCCGAUGGCGGGCCGCCCUCCCUCGCCUCGCGUCCCGCCACGCCGGCAGCGUCCCCCGGAGCGCCGCCAGUGAUGAAGCAGCCAUUAUCUCAGGGACAAAGCUCGCUAAACAAGUCUUGAAGGAAGUUCAAAGGGAUGUGGAAUCGUGGAUAUCCUGUGGGAACAAGAGACCUCAUCUCACUGUCAUAUUAGUAGGAGACAACCCAGCUAGUCAUAUCUAUGUCAGAAAUAAGGUAAAAGCAGCUGCAGCUGUAGGAAUUUCUAGUGAGGUCAUACUGAAGCCUAAAUAUAUUUCUCAGGAAGAACUGUUGGAUAUGACAUUAAAACUCAACAAGGACUCAACAGUUAGUGGUGUAUUAGUUCAGCUGCCUCUCCCAGACCAUAUAGAUGAGCGGACAGUUUGUAACGCUAUCGCGCCUGAAAAGGAUGUGGAUGGAUUUCACAUUAUCAACAUUGGACGUCUGUGUCUCGAUCAGCCAUCUGUAAUACCUGCCACUGCUGCUGCUGUCUGGGAAAUCAUAAAGCGGACAGGAAUACAAACAUUUGGGAAAAAUAUUGUUGUAGCUGGAAGAUCUAAGAAUGUUGGAAUGCCCAUUUCAAUGCUUCUGCAUACUGAUGGAGAGCAUGAAAGGCCUGGAGGAGAUGCUACAGUGACCAUUGCGCAUAGGCACACACCAAAGGAACAGCUCAAGAUCCAUACUCAACUUGCUGACAUUGUCAUAGUAGCUGCAGAAGUGAAGAAGAAGGCUGGCUUCAUCACUCCAGUGCCAGGAGGGGUGGGACCUAUGACUGUUGCAAUGCUUCUGAAGAACACGCUGAUAGUUGCUAAGAAGCUCAUUUACUAGAGGAAGUGGGCUGUCUCAGAAGAAGAAUGCAAGUUCUAUUUAUUGUUAUACAAAACCUUUAUUUUUUACUAGAAAGAUAUUUAUUUCUACAUUGUAUUUAUUUUUUCAUGUAAACUAUAUUGAACUUGAUGGUUUACAAAAUGUUACAAUACUUUAUGUUACCUCCUGCUGACUUACUGUGAGCAUCACUGAAUUGAAUGGUGCAGACUUUGUUGGUACCAUGUUGUUGGUCAGCUGUGUGUGUGGAAGUGAAAAACUGAACUUGAAUUCCAGAGCUUGAAUUAUGCUUGUAUAUUUUGAAAUGGCAUGCUAUUGAUGAGAUUAUUUAAGCAUUAGAUAUGCUCAAUU